AUAAAUGUAUAAGUUUCUGUUUGUUUAAUAAAGUGUUUGAGAAGAAGAAGUGGUGCAUUAAAAUCAACGAUUAUUUAUUCAGGGACAGACUGGAAGAAAUUAGGGCCUCCAGUGGAAGCCUUUUAGUUCCAGCAUCAAAUCUUUCUUCAGAGCCAUCCUUGGGCUCCGAAGAAGAAGAAGAAGAACAAGAAGAAGAACAAGAGAAUAAUGGGGAAGAAAGCCAGGAUUUAGAGGACAUAUCUGAAGAUUUAGACUUCUACGAAGCAAUGAAAACGCCAACAAAUAUGAGGAACCAGCGCAGUAAGCUUGCAACCCCUUCUCCCCAACAUACUCCAACACGCCCCAGCAACAACAAGACUAAGUCUGAAACCUCCCUAGUAGAGACGGUGUAUAGUUCUCUAGGAUCUCCAAUAUACAGUGCUAUAGGUAUUCCGACUGAUGGAAGUACUGCAGGUAGAGAUGAUUAUAACGUUCAGCAGGACUUUAUCCAAAUGACACUUGGUCUUGAUUACCAAACUGCCAAAUUAACAGCGGCAGAAUUAGUAAAAUCGUCUAGUUCCAAUGGGGGAACGAAAGAAGAUAAGCGACAGAGCCGGGAUCAUCUUAAGAAACGCCUUCAGGAGUUGGCGUUAACCUCAGAUACAGGGUCUGCCUCAGUUAUAGAAGUUAUAGAACCAGACUCAAGUGAAGAGGAAGAGUUUAAAAAAUCCUUUAGUUGGAGUCCUAUAGGGGAUUUUUCUAUACAUAGUAGAACAGACAAAUCUCUCUUGAGUAACUCUCAGAGUAUAAAAAGCCAGCCAAGAGAACUUAAUGCUAAAUCCCAAGGAGACAGAAUUUUAGCUCAGACGGGAAAGCCAACAACAAGACGUCCUCGAGGUUUGGGAUCUUCUAAGUCUAUUUCACAGACAAGUUAUUCUCAAAAUUUGGAGAGUAACAAUAAUAAAAACUGGUUACAAGACCAACUGAAAGUAGAACAAACUGAAGAUAUGACUGUAAAGUCUGGUCAUUCUGCUGCAAAGUCAAACAUGAGAUUAAAUGGAUCAACUGGGUCUCCAAACCAGUUCUCGGGACCAAAAAACGGGCUUAUGCCGUCACCUGACCUUCUAACGUGUGUCAGAAAGGAAAACGAGGAUUCUGACAGUAGACCAGAAAAUGGAGAAGAAGAAAUAUUUUGUGAUUACGACACCGAACCAUCUCCAGAACUAGAACGUCCUGAUUCCAUUCUUAGUAAUCGGAAGAAAGGAUUUCUGAAAAAACUUGCAAUUUCAAAAUGGGCGGGAAAGAAAAAGAUGCCUAAAAUUGAACAUGAUCAUACAGAGGUCGAUACAAUCCCAAUAAGGGGUAUGGAUAUUUCAUUAAAGAAAUCAAUGGAUGAUUUGGAUUCUCAAGAUGAGCCAAGGAAUUUUGAAUCCGGGGUUUCCAGGCCCGGGAUCCAAGAUUCUGUGACAAGAAUAGAGGUAGGACAAGGAUUUCAGGGCUCAGACACUCUUAUAGUCCCGGCAGAUGAACUUGAUUCACAUGUUACUAAAUCCUUGUCUCCGGGUUCUCGUAAAUCUCUCUACUCCGGCUACAUUCGUCCUGAUUUCAAUAUGGCAAAAUCGGACGAUUCCGGGAUCAUUGCAACCUCCCGUCCCGACUCGUCUAACCUUCCUGUUCGAAAAUCAUUUUCUAGCUCCUCCGAUCAUUCUUCGCAGGGUUCUCCUUCUGAAUCUGAGAAUGUUUUAGCUCCUAAGAAACGAAUUGGGGAGAAUGGACUGGAUGUGUUCAAUGGCGAAGGACCAAGCGUGAGUAGAAUAAGCGAGGUUGGCAAUCAUACCACUAUUGUAAUAUCAGCAGCCGACAAUGUCACUACCAAAAAUAGAGAUGGAGAGCAAAAUAAUAAUUUUCCUGUAAAACCCAGCAAUGCAAGGAGAGGUAUCAAGACUGAAAAAGCCUGGUAUGAUGUCUCAGAUGAAGAAUCAGAUAUGAUAGUUCCUGAUCAUUUAACAAAUAUUAUUUCGGUCAGAGGAUCCAGUGAUGAAGAUCUAUUCUAACAUAUUUGUAUGUGGGUAUUUUAACUUGAGCACAACAAAUAAGCUUAAGCCUCUUUGAAAUAGAGGUGUGCGCGUUCGACUUUUUUUCAAUUUGUUCGUCAACGACAUAUUUCGUAUCUUAGUCGUUCAGUAAAAAUAUGAAUCAUCAUUCGUUUUUUAACUAACGGUUCGAUCAAUAAAAUUGUUCGUUGAGCAAAAACUGAUUUUUCGAUGAAUAAAAUUGCUUGUUAAGCUAAAUUGUUAAUUAUUUAGUUUAUUUAUUUUCAAAAAUGUUUUCAAUAAACAAAUCUUUAAUUGUUUAGGAUGAUAGCAUCCAUCGUUCACAAAAAAAUUCGUUUGUUUCGUAAUAUUUCGCUUGUCAAACAAAAACUAUGCUCUGAAAGUCAACAAAUCUCAAUUUUUAAAAACUACCCCAAAUGUAUAAUCGUAGCAUCAAAACUAACACUAACAUACCACCUUCAUAAUGUUGAGAUUGUUUUCCAUUUAACGUUGACGCACUUUUAUUCUUUGUAUUGAUUUAUAUGUGUACAAACUAUUCUCGUUUUUCCUUUUUUAUAAUACUCAAUUAUAAAUGCCUCUUCUUUUAGUACAAAAACAACUAAUCCAUGAGAUGGAUUACCUUUCAAAAAUUAUCUUAAAACUAUCAGUUUUACUAAAAAUAAAAUAAAAAUAUAAACCACUAUAGUCAUCAGAACCCGUCUCCGAUCUCUUAAAAUUAAAUUACGAUUGACAACACAAGAUUAAAAAAGUACUACUGUAUCUUCCAAAAUGUUAUCUGAAAAUUCAAACAAUUUCGGCUAAUUUUAAUGGAUUUAAAGUUUAAACUGCAGAGACAAAGUUCUUGUUAAGCACUUUAAACACAUGACAAGAAAAAGGUUUGUUUUUAAUAUUAUCAAAUUUCCAUAUUCAACUUAUGUGCUCCUGAACACUGAACCGUUGAUAAAAUCCUAAAUGUGUAAACAUUAAUAUAUAUAAAGAUAAAUUGUAAAUAGGAAAAUGCAAGUAUUUCUUUAAAUGCCAUACCAUC